CAUUUGUUAAUAGCACUAUUUUAUUUAUUUUACUGCCUAAAUUUUCUUUCGGCAUUUACUAAAUAAUUCCGUUUCAGCAGCUCAUUCCAUACUUGCUUUCUACCAUAGACCAUACCUCAAACACUAUUCCUAUAUCGGCAAUUUCAGCUGGAGCGUUUAUUGUAAAAUGAGUACUAAUGAAAAAUUGGAAUAUAUUAAAAGUAAAAUUGGCACAUUCCCAGACUUUCCCAAAAAAGGCAUCGUAUUUCGUGACAUUUUCACCGCGCUUAGAGAUCCAACUGCCUGUAGAUAUUUGAAGGAAGUGCUGGUACAGGAAGUUAAACAAAGAUAUCCAAAUGCUGAGAUUAUUGUUGGUUUGGAGUCACGUGGCUUCCUGUUUAAUUUACUAAUAGCUACUGAAUUGGGCAUUGGUUGCGCACCAGUACGCAAGAAGGGCAAGUUACCCGGUGACCUCAUAUCCGUUGAGUAUGUGUUGGAAUAUGGAAAAGACAUUUUCGAAAUGCAAGCGAACGCGAUUAAACCGGGUCAAAAGGUUAUAAUCGUUGAUGAUCUACUCGCCACUGGCGGUUCUCUCAAAGCGGCUAUUGAGUUGGUACGCAAAGCGGGUGGUGAUGUAAUUGGAGGCAUUGUCGUUAUGGAAUUGAAAGAUUUACGUGGUCGUGAUAAAAUUGAUUGUGAUGUACAUACAUUAAUCAAAUACUAAAACACUGUGUUGUCAACGAAAAUGCUCCGAAUCGAAGAAAAUAAUUGGAAUUUAUUUAAUUAACUAAUAAUAUACAUAAAGAUAUGUACAUACAAACAAAUUACUCAAUACAUCUUACAAAACAAGAACAAAUUUUUCAACAUCUUAAAUAACUACCAAUUACUAUAGAUUUCCCGGUGCUUUGCAAAAGUAAAAGAUAAGAAUUUUCUAUAUUUAUACUUGCAUUUACUAAUGAAUAGUUGUAAAUAUGGGUAGUGUUGGGUGUAAUAUAUAUUGUUAUAAUUAAUUAUUUGAAAAAGGAAGCAAUAAAAAUAUACAUGAAGCUAUUUUUAU